AUGGCAAAUGAAGAGAUGUGCUUUGCCAACCGUCGAGGAGGACUAUGUCCUCCUGAGUGGAGCUUUUGGCGUGGUGGCUGUUACAUCGUCACAGAUAAAGUCUUUGUGUUUGAAGAAGCAAAGACACAUUGCCAAGAUCUUGGAGGUGGGGUCAUGGUCCCACAAUCAUCGGAAGAGACAAAUUUCAUCUUAGAUCUGGUUUCGUUGGGAAACCACCAAUAUCUUCAAUAUCUUGACAACACUGGAGCUGGUUGGAUCAACUGCACUUUGAGUACCGAAUGGCAAUGCUUCGAUGGAGGUAAAGCAGUCAAAGUUUGGAACUGGGAUGCCACACAGCCUAACAAUAUGAUGGACGGGGGAGAGUCAUGCACCAUCCUACUGAAGGGUCUUCAUCUGGCUUUCAAAGAAGGACCAUGGCAUGAUGCUCCCUGCAGUUGGGAAAUUGCAGCGAUUUGUAAGAAACCUGCUACACCUACCCUUCAUGUCUAG